AUGGAUUGGCUGUCGCGUGCAAGUUUGUCUGGCCGACGGUUUCAUGCCGGUCCACCAUUGACGAUGCAGACGCUGCUUAUUGCGCUGGUCAAGGCGUAUGAGAUACAGGGGUGUUAUCAAAUGCGGAAUGCGUUUAAUGCAUAUGGAAUCGAUCAUGUGGUUCUGGUAAAAUUGGCCUCUGCUUCUGUUGUCUGUUGGCUGCUUGGAAUGACAGAAUUACAAGCCAUGGCGACUAUUUCUCAUGUUUGGAUGGAUGGCCAUCCGAACCGGGUCUAUCGAUCCGGUGCAAAUACUAUCCCGAGGAAAGGCUGGGCAGCAGGCGAUGCAGCAAGAAGAGCUGUGCAGCUGGCUCUACUGGUGCAGGAUGGCCAGCCUGGUUCGGCAGGGGCGUUGAGCGCGAACCCAUGGGGGUUUUGGGAGCGGACUUUUGGCGAGGCGGGAUUUGUACUUCCUCAACCAUUUGGGUCGUGGACGGUACAGAAUGUGCUUUUCAAAAGUAUACCUGUGGAAGGGCAUGCGAUUUCGGCCGUGGAGGCAGCCGUUUUGCAAGCGCGUCGAUUUCAACAGAGGGGGCUGUCCGAUCCUCUUAAACAGAUCCAGCGAAUAGAUCUGCGAACGACUGCUGCUGCCUUUUUGAUCAUCAACAAACAAGGGCUGUUGUACAACGCUGCUGAUCGUGACCACUGCAUUCAGUAUGUGGUUGCCCUGGCUUUCUUGAAAGGUAGUCCGCCAGAGGCGGUGGACUAUUUAGACAAAAGCCCAUGGGCGAAUAGUGAAGAGCUUGAAGCCCUGCGAGGAAGGAUCGUGGUGCAGUCCGACCCUGGGCUCACAGAAGACUACCUGGAUCUGGACAAGAAAAGUAUUGGUGCAGGGAUGACAGUCCAUCUGGCAAAUGGGUCCUCGCUGCCUGAAAUACUGAUCGAGUAUCCUGUAGGACAUGCACGGAAUCCGAAAACACCAGCUGCGAUACAAGAGAAGUUUUUCCAAAAUAUGGGGCUUAUGUUCUCUGCGACAGAGAUCGGUCGGAUAUUGGGAGCUGCCCAAAAUCUAGAUACUUUGAUCUCGGAUUUCAUAGAUCUGUUUAUCCAGCCAUCAGCCAGGGCAGUGUUGUAG